AUGCGCGAGGUGGAGCAAGUGCUGAACGCAACCAACGCGGGGCUCAUUGAUACCCUGGACCGGUCGCUCGGCAUCCUGCGCGACAUGAUCGACAGUAAGGCCUCCAAGCAGGACGUGACGCGCCUUCAGGAGAGUGUCGGCGAGGGCGGUGGAGUGGGGCAGGGCGCCGCGGACGUCCUUACAGGGUUUAAGGGCUACCGCUGCCUUGGCUGUAACCGCGUUGUGGAUAACCUGCGCCCGCGAACGCUCGGAUCUAAGAUGAACCCCUUUCUUAACCGAAAUCCGCAGCACCUUUUGAAGGACGAGGUCACCCGCUCCAUUGAGUACGAGCAGGAGCAGCGCGAGCGGGCUGAUGGGGGAAGCGGCAGGACGGGCAACAGCAGCCUUCCCUUGCGAGCGCUGCCGCUGUCUAAAGAAUAUAGCGAUAUGGAGCGAACACCAGGGGGUGACUUAAACAAGUCACUUCCUCGAAUCAGUGCGCCCUCUUCCCACUAA